UACUGACACUGAACUGUCGAGUGGGUUGUGUCUUAUAAUUUAAUUAGUUUUGUACGCAAGGAUAUUUUAGUUUUCGCCAUGUCUAGUGUUGUGAGGGAAAAAUUAGAAUCUUAUUUUGUUACUCUUAAUGCUACAUCAAGCAGAAUGAUGGCUGAUAUAAUCAGCUCACGGCAACAGUAUAAUGAAGUGUGGGAUAAUUUACCACCUGAAGAACAGUCUGACAUAUUGUGGCAGGCAAUAGUGAAACCAGAGGCUGAAGAAAAAUAUAAAAACCUUCCUGUAAAAUCUGUUGAUGUUGAUUAUUUUCCAGUACUUCGAACCAGACCUGGCGAAAAGAUCAUAGUGGACGAAGAUACUUCUUCUGGUAGACAAUUUGUAAGUUUUAUAUUUCUCUGUCAUUCACUGGUGUAUUAUUUUUAA